UGUGCUCCCCGCUGGCGCCCCGGCUGCCGCCAUUGCAGGGCAGCGGGCGCCCCAUCCCCACUCCCCCGGGAGGCCGGUUGGGGAAGGCAGGGCGAGGCCUCGGUGGGCAGGCCGGGCGGGCGACCCGGGCUCUGGGGCAGGAGGAGGAGGAGGCGAGGCCUUGCGAGCCUGGGUGACGGUGGGUCCGGGCGCAGCCUUCCUCCCGCCACGCCCACGAUGGCCAUGAGGGACCUGGUGGAAGCGGAGUGUGGGGGCUCCAACCCCCUGAUGAAACUAGCCGGCCACUUCACGCAAGACAAAGGCCUGCAGCAGGAGGGGCUCCGGGGGCCUCUAGCCUGGCCUCCCACGGCUCCAGCACCAGAGGGGGUGUCCAAACCUCUUGGAAGAGCAUCAGAGGAUGACCUGGUGGCAGAGUUCCUUCAAGAGCAGAAUGGCCCUCUGCUCUCGCGUGCCCCGCAGACGUUCAAGAUGGACGAUCUGUUGGCUGAGAUGCAGGAAAUUGAACAGUCCAGUUUCCGGCAGGCCCCUCAGAGAGCUCCGGGGGUGGCGGCCCUGGCUCUGUCUGAGAACUGGGCCCAGGAGUUCCUUGACGCUGCUGACAGUACGGUUGACAUUGCGACGGAUUACAACGAAGCUGACUGGUCCCAGGAAUUUAUUGCGGAGGUUACAGAUCCCUUGUCGGAAUCGCCUGCCAAGUGGGCGGAGGAGUAUUUGGAGCAGUCGGAGGAGAAGCUGUGGUUGGGAGAAUCGGAAGACCAAACGCUGGCUGAUAAAUGGUACGAGGAAUAUCAGCCUGAAGACGACCUUAAGAAAACAGCCAAUGAUUUUCUGUCAAAAGUGGAUGAUCCCAAAUUGAAUAACUCUGAGUUCCUAAAGUUUGUUCGCCAGAUUGGAGACGGGAGGGUGUCCUUCGAGGCAAAUCAAGUGACCAUUACCCCCAGAGACCAGGAUCAGGCAGAGAAAUGGGCAGCUGAGUUUAUACAGCAGCAGAGCGCAUCGGAAGCCUGGGUGGAUCAGUUCACGCAUGCUGGGGAGACGUCGGGUUUGGAUGCCGAGUUUGAGGAAGCCAAGACGGCGGUGGAGUCGGAUGUGGAUUUCUGGGACAAGCUGCAGGCCGAAUGGGAGGAGAUGGCCAAGCGGGACGCGGAGGCCCACCCUUGGCUGACGGAUUACGAGGAUCUCUCCAGCUCCUCUUACGACAAGGGAUACCAGUUUGAAGAAGACAACCCCGUCCGUGACCACCCGCAUGCUUUUGAGGAAGGGCUGAAGUGCUUGGAGCGAGGGGACCUCCCCAAUGCCGUGCAGUUCUUUGAGGCGGCGGUGCAGCAGAGUCCCGAUCACAUGGAGGCCUGGCAGUACCUGGGUACGACGCAAGCAGAGAACGAGCAAGAACUUGCAGCGAUCAGUGCCCUCAGGCGAUGUCUAGAGCUGAGCCCCAAAAACCUCACGGCACUCAUGGCGCUUGCCGUCAGCUUCACCAACGAGUCACUGCAGAAGCAGGCCUGUGAAGCCCUGCGCGACUGGCUGCGCCACAAGCCGGAGUAUGCUCACCUGAUGGGGACGGAGGCUACAGGAGACAGCCCUAGCCCGGGCCUUGGGUCCUCCAGACGUAUCCUGGGUUCCCUCUUAACGGACUCACUCUUCGUUGAAGUGAAGGAGCUGUUCUUGGCGGCUGUGAGAAGCAACACCUCCACCGUGGACCCCGACGUGCAGUGCGGCCUGGGGGUUCUCUUCAACCUGAGUGGCGAGUACGAGAAGGCCGUGGAUUGCUUCACCGCUGCACUGAGCGCACGCCCAAAUGAUCACCUCCUGUGGAACAAGCUGGGUGCCACUCUGGCCAAUGGGAACCGGAGCGAGGAAGCUGUCGCGGCUUACAGGCGGGCCUUGGAGCUACAGCCGGGCUACAUUCGCUCCCGGUACAACCUGGGCAUCAGCUGCAUCAACCUCGGAGCUCACAGAGAGGCCGUGGAGCACUUCCUGGAGGCCUUGCACAUGCAGCAGAAGAGCCGGGGCCCGCGGGGGCAGCAGGGCGCCAUGUCCGACAACAUCUGGAGCACCCUCCGCAUGGCCCUCUCCAUGCUGGGCCAGAGCGACCUCUACGCGGCGGCCGACGCCCGAGACCUCCCGGCCUUGCUGCAGGCUUUCGGCCUCCAGCAAUGACUCUGGGACGGGCUCCCCUGCGAGUGCAGGAUGAGCCCUUGCCAGCCCUGACCUCCCCCUCCCCGCCUCCCUCCAGACACACACGCACACAUUGGUCAGGUGGCCUCUUCCGUUCCCCACUGCAGGAUGAGCCCAGAGCCGCAUUCACGUUCAGCCGCUGUUUCAGCACCGGGCAAACGUCCCCUUGUUUGGUGUCGGACCCCCACCGGAGGGUCCACUUCCUCUCACCUCCACUGUCCAGCUGGAGCCACUCCCUGGUCUUGAGUGGCUCCCAGGUUUGCACUUUUCAAGGGAAAGCGACUCCACUAAUCAGGGAAGCAUUCUGUUA